AUGCAUGUUAAGUGGGAACCCCCAAAUCAGAGUUUCUAUAAACUCAAUUCAGAUGAAGCUGCCUGCACUACGAUUGGCGCCGCAGGUUAUGGAGGAGUCAUUCGUGAUUCUAAUGGCAACUGGAUUGUUGGAUACACUGGUAGUUCAAAGCACACAACUAGUUUACAUAUGGAGCUAAUGGGUCUUUUACAAGGCCUUCGUUUAGCACACCUUCGCCAACUCACACCUUCGGAAGUAGUUGUUGAUGCAAAAGAGUUGGUUGAUCCUCGUGUUACUCAUACAUAUCGGGAGCAAAACCAAGUGGUGGAUUCUAUGGCAAAGCACGACCUUAUGGAAUACCGUGGUCCAUCAAUGCUCGUUUUUUAA